UGACACUUAUUUUAUUGACUUUCGCAAGCGAAAGCAGGAGCUUAAGAUUUACCUUUGGCAUAUAAAAAUGUUCAAAUGGUUAUAUUAUAAAUUCAAAAAAAAUAUUUAGGUGAAAUAAAAACAUUUUAAUAAGUUCAAGAAAAAAUUAAUUAAGCAGAUAUGGAUGAGAACAAAUGUGAGAGUUUUAAUUCAAAUAUUUUGAAAUUAGCUAAUGACCCACCUCCUUAUUAUAAUCAACUCAAUCAACCUACGUACUUACAUGAGGAGACUAAAAAUGACACAACUGUUUUCUUUGGCAACAUUUAUACUAAUACAGCAUAUACUUCACAAAAUUCUAUAAAUUCUAUACCACCUACAAAUGCUGGUAAUCCAUUAAGUUCUUCACAAUGUCCGAGUGACCUUAAACCAGAACCAGCAGUUCAAAUAAUUACUGCAAAUCCAGUUAACGUGUCCAUAUCACAAAGAGUACUACCUCGAGUAGUUCAACCAUUACCUUCAUCGUACGCUUUUAUAGCUUGGCUUUCGUGUUUAUGUUGCUUUUGGCCUCUUGGUCUUAUAGCCGUAUACUACUCAAAUAAAGUAAACUCUGCUAUCAAUCUAGGAGAUCGAGAAAAAGCAAUUUCAGCUUCUCACAAGACAAAAAUAUUUUCUAUAACAUCAAUUGUAAUUGGGUUAAACUCAAUAUGGAUUAUAUAUUUGAUAAACAAGGAACUGACUCCAACAGUUACCUAUACGACAUAUGGUCAAGGAACUUAUUAUAAGAAUUAAAAUAAAGUUUUUACAGUUUGUAACAUGUCAAUUCAUUUUUUCAUAUAAUGUUAAUCAUUUUGUAUAAUUGUUUAAAUUAUAAUUAUUAUUAUUUUUGAUAUAUGAUUAGAAAGUUUUUCCUAAUAUGACAACUCUAAAUAUACUUUUUAUGUAAUCAAAUAAGUGUUUAACUAAUUUCAUUUAAAAAUAAAGUUUAUACUGAGUAAGUAUUGAUUUUA